UCCACGAUGUCUACCGCUGCCAAGUGGCGAUCAUUACUUUGUGAAAGUAAUCAGCUACAACUGAAAGCUACCCUACUUGGUGGACAAAGCUUUCGCUGGAAACCCCAUAAACUUAAUGAAUCGGACCAGAAACCGAAUGAAUUUAUUGGGGUGUUUGCCAAUAUCGUAUGGAUACUGCGGCAAACGGAACGAGAGUUGGAGUACCGUAUCGUAGGUGAACAAUCCUAUCCUAAUGGAGCAAACAGGGACGUUACGAAGUUGGCCGUUCACGAACAAACAACCACCAGUGUAAAGAAUCUUGCUCAGGUGCGCUUGAAGGUGGAGGAACCAGUCGAGUACGCCAAUGGUGGAGAAUUAUUGUAUCCGGUCUCGUAUUACGAGCAGCUGCUGCGAAUCUACUUCCGCCUAGAUGUAGAUCUCGAGCAUUAUUACCAGCAGUGGAUCAAGUGUCACGAACAUUUCGCAAACAGUGCUACCAAGUUCUAUGCGGUUCGACAGCUAGAUCAGGACCCGGUAGAGAAUCUGUUCUGUUUUAUCUGCUCGCAGAACAAUCACAUUGCACGCAUUUCCGACAUGGUCGAAAAGCUUUGUCGCAAUUAUGGAGAAAAAAUAUGUGACUACGAAGGCACCUGCUAUUACAACUUUCCCUCAGUAGCAUCACUUUCCGACAAAUCCGUUGAGGAGAAGCUACGCGAACUUGGAUUUGGCUACCGUGCCAAGUACAUUCAACGAUCGGCGGAAAAAAUUGUGCUACUCGGUGAUCUCCAAUGGUUCCGACAGCUCUGCCAGUUGGACUAUAAAGCAGCCCACAAGGAACUGCUAUCGCUUCCCGGCAUUGGACCGAAGGUGGCCGAUUGUAUUUGCCUCAUGUCUCUGGGACACCUACAAGCCAUCCCUGUUGAUACGCACGUUUUUCAGCUGGCGAAACAUUAUUUACCGACGCUGGCGAAAUCGCAGAACGUUACCGAUCGACAAUACGUGACGGUAGCGGACAAGUUCCGUGAGAUAUAUGGCCCAUACGCUGGCUGGGCGCAAACAGUGCUGUUUUGCUCCGAUCUUCGUCAGUUCCGGCAACGUGAGACGGGAGACGUUGGGGAGGGGCAGGAAAAUGCAAACAAACCAAGAAAAAAGCAAAAGAAAAAAGUAUGA